GUCGGCAAAAUAAAGCGCGAGCAAUACACAUACAUACGAUUGGAGUCGCUUGGCGCAGUAUUCCAGAGCAGUCAUCAAGUAGCGGUCGCACUCAGCUGAUCAUUCAGAUAUUUCAUCAUCCAGCCACGACAACGUGUACGCUGUCAAAUCUCGAAAGUUUCAUUUCACGAUUAAAGUGGUCACAUACAUACAUAGGCUUGGAAGAUAAGCUUUUGAAGUGUGGAAAAUUGUAGACGCCGCUGCUAGUCGAAAGCUGUUGAGCGGCGAAACUAUUGAUUUAUCUUUAAACACAUAUUUUAAGUAAAGUUAGUGGAAAAUGUUUUGGGAGAAAAAAGAACCGGAGCCACCACCGCCACCUAGUGUUUUGCGUAGUCGAUUCAUUGAGUUUGUGGCGGGGUCAUUGGGUGGCGCAGCGCAGGUGUAUGUCUCCCAGCCGUUGGACACUGUCAAGGUUAAACAACAAACAUUUCCAUUUCUCUACAAGAAUAUGUUUGAUUGCUUCGUUAGUACCUACAAGAAGGACGGCAUCAUCCAUGGCCUGUAUGCGGGUAGUGUUCCCGCAGUAAUCGCCAAUGUCGCUGAGAACUCUGUGUUAUUCGCUGCCUAUGGUGGUUGUCAAUCAUUUGUAGCAUAUCUUGUUGGAAAGACACACACUAAUCAAUUGAAUACAACAGAAAAUGCUUUUGCUGGCUUCUUUGCGGCAUUUUUCUCGACAUUCGCGCUCUGUCCAACGGAGUUGGUUAAGUGUAAAUUACAGGCGAUACGCGAGUCGGCGGAAUGUUGUCCAGGCAUACCAGCUAACGAACAUAUCACACCAUGGAAGCUAACUAGAAUUAUUUACAAAACAGAUGGUAUUCCCGGCUUUUUCCGCGGUCUUACGUCAACUUUUAUGCGUGAAAUGCCCGGCUACUUUUUCUUCUUUGGCAGCUAUGAGGCAACGCGCGAAUUUCUUACAGAGCCCGGACAAUCAAAGGACGAGAUUGGUCCACUUAAUACAAUGAUUGCUGGCGCUGUUGGUGGCGUUAUGCUGUGGACUUCGAUUUUCCCUGCUGAUGUUAUCAAGAGUCGCAUACAAGUGCAGAAUCUGAAUCGUGGCAUGUUGUCUGUGGGUCUUGAUAUUUUACGCAAAGAAGGCAUUUGGGCGCUUUACAAUGGACUGUUGCCUUCAGUGCUGCGCACCAUACCGGCAACCGCAACACUAUUUGUAGUCUAUGAAUAUACGAAAAAGACGCUUCACCAGCACUUAGAUGCGCUGAACGUUCCGAAGGAUGGAAACAAGAAAUAGUAGUUUGUCAUAAUUACUUUUAAAUUGUGUUCCUUACAUAUGUAUGUCUGUAUGCACAGAAUUCGCUAAUUGAUUUUGACAUACAUACUCAUUUGUAAAUUUAU